UGUUACCAGUGGAUUCUUUCUCCAGAGUUCUCUGGCCCUUUGAUUCUUCGGCUUGUUCGUUGGACUGUAUAAGGGAUUUUUACGAGCGCCAUGCGGAGCCCCAGCAACGUGCUCGUUCACUUAUAUUAGCAAUGCUGUGCGUGCAAAAUAGGCCAAUUAUUUUUACGAGAGUCCAUACGAAUUGUAAUUCACAUGUACAACUUUAUCUUCUAUACUCCAAUAUGCUACAGGCUGGUCUGUAAAAUUGCACAGUUUCCUUCCACAUAUUACCUUCGUCCAGCGUUUAUUUACUUUUGAAUUUCCCACCUCACUUACGGUUCCCAGUUUCAAGUUCAAGUUUGAACGCAACCAACAUAGCUCGUUACAGACAAAUAAAUCCCAAACAGUGUUUAUAAGCCUCAUGUGUCACUGUUCGCAGAUGAUUAUUGAAGGGAGUAACUUUUAGCUGGAGUACUGAAAUUGUUUUUCUACACAUCUUUGCUAUGGAUAAAAUUUUUCAACUCAUCAUGCCUGUCCUAACCUCGCCCUCCACGGCUAUAACACCGUCAUGUUGGAAUGAAAUCAGAUCGCCAAGUUGGGAUAAAAUCAGAUCGCCAAGUUCGGAUUUCUGUCCUUCGAAUGCUCGAUGUUUCCACCAACGAAAAAGGCUCUUCGAACCGAUCAUCAAAACGAUCGAGAGACUAUUUCAGAGCGAUAUCGAGGAGGUGGUUGAGAUCGGAGAGGCAGAACGCAGUACGGAAAAUAGCCAAAUUGACGGAGAAAGUUCGCUGAUUUACGUUUCUUCCGCGAUCCAACAUCGAGAGCUAUUCAAAGAUGCGGAUGAACCAUCAACCUCUUCUGAAAAAAAUUCUUCGUGGCACGAGGGAUUGGAAACAUUGAAAUCUUCUGUGCUGAAACAGAGAACAACUCACUCCUCACCGAAGCUCGUUACUUCUCACUUUGAGGAUUCUGGGUUCAUGAACUGUUCCAUCGAGAUGGUACCGCGGGUGCAGUGGUCGAUCUUGGAUCUAGAUUGUUCUCAGAAGACUUCGCUCGGUGAUAGAUCCAGUGAAAAUAAUCCAGAUUCGUACGAUCAAUUCUCGUUUGAUUCAUAUCUGCUAGGAGGAAAGGAUCAUUCGCAGUCUUUCGGCAUAAAACCAUGCGGCGAAAAUCUCGACAGCCGCACCAGUGAUAAGCUCUCAAAUGAUAAAUUAGAGGCCGAAAGAAACGCUCUUGACCCUAACCAUGGCGUCGAGAAAUGCUCGGGCCACAAUCAGUCGCUGACAAACAUUGAAGACGAGUGCGAGGAUGACGCAACUGCCAAAAAAUCUACCAAUACCAGAUCUAGAAACGAAACGUCAACAGGCUUCGUUCAUAAAUGUAGCCUAAUUUGUGCCAAUCAUUCUUCAUUCCCAUCCAAAGAAAACUGUUUAAUUUUUGAUGGACUCAGCUGUGCUGGCAAACGUAAACAAGUUCGUAAACGGCCGACUGGUUCUGGUUCUUACAGAGGGAGACGUGACAAAAUGCAGGGUGAAAAUUCGACGCUCUCUGAAUGUUUAGGAGCGUCCACCAUGUCGGUAGAAAUUGGGGAUUAUCAUUUAUUGGUUGACGAAUCGGAAUGCAUAUCCCUACAAGAUAUAACUAACGCGAAAUCCUCAAAGACCGAAAAGAAGAUACGGCAACUGAUCGCGUUCGAAUAAUUUUGGAACCGCAUUUAGCAUUUGCUCAUCCAAGUAUAUUACGAACCUUCUUCUUUACCAAUAACCAUUAAGUUUUACAUUGCGAUUAAACAUUUAUCUGCGUUUUAGUUAUCCUUCUUCUUAAUUUAAAAAAUAUAUCUUUUAACUGCUCUUUGGAUUAAUUUGUACUUAAUUAUUUAUGUGCCAUCAGCGUAUCCAUUUUAAACUUUUGUAAGGAGCGACUGGUCUAAUAACGAUUAUUUUUUAUUUGUGUGUACAAGGUAGUGCGAUUUUUGUAAUAAAGAACUAUGGCGUAUCUAUGAAUUUAGAAGAAAAUUGAAACCCGUUUUAUCGCAGGUGUAAUAUUACUAAACAUGCUUUAAAAUAUACGCUAGAGAACAGAAAAUGUUCAAACUAGCCGCCUUAGAACUCCAAAACAUGUGGUUGCGUUUGAUUUUAGCAAACGAGGAUCCCCCAAAGAGCGUUUAAGAAGGUGAAUCAGAUUUGUGUACAUCCUGGACGACAUCGGUUAUUGUCAAAUGGAACAUUUCCGUUCGUCAGAGAUUCUUAAUCCCUACAUUCAUAGGAGGUUCUACAAGACCCUACAGUGCAGAAAUUGGAAGAUCAUACUUGCCAUCGUGCAGUGAUUUAUAACCAUAGUGAAAUGGCUGCACGUAAAAGGCUGAUGUCCCUGCCAUUGCAGGUCGAGAUUUCCCCGAUUUACGAAAACGCGACUGACGAUCCACGAUUCGUGUGGUCAACAAGAAACACCGGAUUGAAGUACUGGCCAAAUGCACACUGUAUUCGAUUUACAAUGACUCCAGUGAAGCACCUAGCUGGAAGCAAUAACAUCACGACAAUCCGAAAGACUCUUUUCGGUUCCCCGUGCAAUCCAGAACCAUCACUCAACGAGAGUUUAAAGCUCGAUGAGGUAUUCGUUGAAAGAUAUAAUCGCCGAAAAUCCUCUUCUGUCAGCUUUCUGGAAGAAAUUAUCAACCUGGAUGAAACUAUAACGAUUUCGGACGAGGAACAAAUCGAGACACCGAAGUCACAGGAUAACAUUACCCGCAGGAUCAAUUACAAGGACUUUUGAAAAUGUGAGACUGAAUACAAAGAACACUCGGAGCUUAAAACAAAAUUCAAGGGGCGAAUGAAGAA